AUGACCACUGCAACUGCCACGCCACUCUUCGCCGCCUUCAACGGCGCAAUCACCACGCGCCUGAUCGCGCACCCCCAUCGCGCCCUCGCCUUCGCCUUCGAAGUCACCUUCGUCGCGCACCUGUGGCCCGCCGCGUUGGCAGGCAAAAAGCCGCCGCUGCACUUCCACCCGCACCAGGAGGAGUACAUUGAGGUGCUGGAGGGUCAGCUGUGCGUUGAAGUUGAGGGCCAUGAGCAUGUCCUGUCCGCAGCCGACGGCGAGUUCUGUGUUCGUCCGUGGUCGUCGCAUUGUCUGUAUCCGCCGGUUCAGUUUUUUGUUGGCGGAGACUCGACCAUCCGCUUUCUGCUUGCUGGGCAGGAGACGAGUCGGCUGUUUCGGCUCGAUACUAUCUUCUUUGAGAACUGGUACGGGUAUCAGGAUGAGGUUGUCUUGCGGGGAAGAAGAAGCUUGGAUUUGAUUCAGGUUAUGUGUGUACGUCCCCAUCACCCUGGAGAAGUGAGGGCCAUGCUGAAAAAAGGUGCCUUUGUUGUAGAUGUUCGACGCCGGAGGCUCGUACCUGUCGUUCCCCUCGUGGGUGCCGUUUGGCAAGAGCCUGUCCCAAGCCCUGGGCAUCGUGCUCGGGAGAUGGAUCGGUGGAUUGCUGGGUUAUCAGCCGUAUUAUCGAAAGUGGACGGCGGACUGGGAGCUGGCGUGCCAGAAGAUGGAGACGACGGUUUUUCAGAGACGGUUUGUGGGGAGGAAGGGGGAUUGAAUUUUUAUGUUAUAGUAUAG